AAAUACUAUAUGGUGGACAGUUAGCAUCAGAUAGUUUACCUUAACUUCAUCAAUUCACAAUGAUCGCUAAGAUUGCCCUUCUGUUUGCCGCUGUUGCAGCUGCACAAGCUUCUAUUAUUGCACCAGGACUCCUGUCACCUAUUGGAGUCAUCCCCACAGCAGUCAAAACUGGCUCCAUCGUAACAAUCCCUGGUGCAACCUCAGUCGACAACAGAGUAAUUGCAUCCAAUGGCCUUGUUGGUACCACAGCAGUCAAAACUGGAUCAGUUGUAUCUCACUUGGCUCCUGGUUUAGUUGGUGCUCCUUUGCUCAACACUGGAUUGCUCGGCGCACCCAUUAUGGGAAAGGGUUUGAUUGGAGCUCCACUGAUUAACACUGGAUUGAUUGGAGCACCUGUUUUAGGAAAAGGAUUGAUUGGUGGUCCUCUUUCUAUCAACUCAGGAUUAGUUGCUCCCGGAGUUCUUGCUUCUCCUGGUCUUAUUUCUCCAAUCGGUUUACACGGAGCCGGUCUUCUUGCCGCUCCAGGAUUGGUGAAAACCAUUUUGUAAAGAUAUAUGUUAGUAUAAGUUGAUGUUAUUCCCCUUUUUUAAAAACAAUUCAAGGCCAUAUUCACUAAUUCUUAGGGAGUUUUCUUUUAAGUAAAAACAGUUAUGAUACUAUCGUUUCAUAAAUUAUUUUCUCUUGUUUAACUUAUAGAAGUUUUGUUACUGUCCUAUUAUUCUAAGUAUUUUUUUCAGAAUGUUAUGAAAUUAUUUCUCUGUAAAAUUUUUCAAUCAAUUUGUCAAUAAAUUUUAAAAACUUACGAAUUUGUUUGGCAUUUCCUAUAUGUUUUAAGAAAUCAAUUUCAUACCUACUAUAAAAAGGGUUAUAGAAAAUUGGGCAAAAAUGUAUGAAAAUAAAGUCGAAUUUGAAAACCCCAUCUAUUCGUAGUUGAGUACGGUGACACGCUUAAAAUGCUCAAUAUUUUUCAAGUAUGAAUACACAUUUUUUUUAUUCAACUAUAUAUGUUUCGGAGCUAUUUUGACACACUUUGCUCAAAUUUGAGGUCUUUUUGACUGUAAAACUUUAUGAAAAAAAUGAGCGUAGAUUUUAUUUAUUUCUUUUAUAAGUGUUAAUUUUUUUUUUCUUCUUACCACUUUUAAUCUAAGCAGACAAGCUCAAAUCUAAAACGUUUAUUUGUUAGUAGAUUAAUUUAAAAUUGCAUCAUACUCCUUAAAGUUUAUGCAAAAAAUGCAGAUAUUUAAAUGGGCUUGUGUCUGCUUCAAUUGAUCAAAUAAUUAUUUACGAAGCACAAAAUAAAACUGCAAACACAUGAAUACCUUUUAAUUUAAUGAUCGAGAUUUUUUUACUAACAUAUACGAUCUUAAUAGUUUAGCAGAUAGAUUUCAUAUAUACUCAUUUUUAGGUAGAACUUAAAAUUUGUUCAACCUGUGAAUUAAGUGAAUAACCUAUGAAUAAUUAGAUACAAAAGCUUUCUUCUUUUUUUCUUAAUAAACAUACCUUUUUCAUGGA